UAGGCUAUAACAGCAAUGGCCAUUGAAACAUCUCUCUCCUUCUCUCUUCUGCUUAUAUUGUCAGCCUUUCUUUCUUCCAAUGUAGUUACAACAUCCACCUUCAGAGAAGCAGAGACUCUAAUGAAAUGGAAAGACAGCCUCCUGCAAUCACAAGCUCUCCAUUCAUGGUUGCUUCCUUCCACUAAUGCUAGCACCAUAACAAUCUCUCCAUGCAAAUGGAUUGGGAUCUCAUGCAACAGUCUCAGAAGUGUAACAGAGAUAAACUUACCUAAUGCCGGCUUGCAAGGUAAGCUAGAUAACUUGAGCUUCCCCUCAUUUCCAAACCUCCUCCAUCUUAAUCUCAGUGGAAACUUCCUUACUGGAACCAUCCCAGCUGAUAUUGUCACUCUUUCUAGACUCGUCUCCCUCGAUAUCUCAAUGAAUAAUCUCUCUGGAGUUCUACCACUUUCAAUGGCUAACCUUUCUCACCUUUCAGAGAUCGACAUCUCAUCUAAUGAAAUAAGAGGCGAACUAGCUCCAAGUUUCUUCACCAACUGGACCAAACUCACCUCCCUUCAGUUCCAGAAAAAUCAACUCACUGGGAAAAUUCCAUCUCAAAUCGGCCUGCUUAAACAUCUCCAGAUCCUACGCCUUUGGGGAAAUAAAAUCAGUGGUUCAAUACCUCUAGAAAUAGGGAAUCUGCAGAGUCUGACUAGGUUAAGUUUAUGCAUGAAUCAUCUUAGUGGGCCAAUUCCUCCAUCUUUAGGUGACUUGACCAGGCUGACAAUCCUCUACCUCUUUGACAAUCAAAUUUCUGGUUCAAUUCCCGCAAAAUUAGGAAAUCUCAAGAAUUUGGUUGAGUUGUCGUUGUCAAAUAACAGUCUGACUGGUCCAAUUCCUCCCAGUUUAGGUAAUUUGAGAAACCUUACAGGUAUGUUCCUCUUCAAUAAUCGAAUCUCUGGUUCAAUUCCUCCAGAAGUUGGGAAUUUGGUAAAUCUCAUCAUGCUUGACCUGUUUAGUAACCUUCUAACAGGUUUUAUCCCUUCCACUUUGGGGAACUUGACCAAGCUUGAAGUCCUUAAAGCAUUUGACAACCAUUUAACUGGUGAGAUCCCAAAAAGCCUCAAAAAUUGCACUAGGUUAACCUUUGUGAGUCUUGAAGGAAACCAACUCAUUGGAAAUGUAUCAGAAGCCUUUGGUGUAUACCCACAUCUCACAUACAUGGAUGUCAGCUACAAUGGGUUGUUUGGUGAACUCUCACCCAACUGGGGAGAAUGCCGAAAUUUGACAAGGCUACAGUUAUCUGGGAACAGGAUCACAGGUAGAAUUCCUCCUGAGAUUGGGCAAUUGAAGCAGCUACGAGUACUUGGUCUUUCUUCGAACCAUCUAGAAGGAGAGAUUCCAAAGGAAUUUGAGAGGCUAACUUAUUUGUUCAACUUGAGUUUAAAUGAUAACCAACUUUCUGGUCAGGUACCAAAAGAGAUUGGAAAACUCUCCAAUUUGGAGGUUCUUGACUUGUCAAUGAAUCGCCUAAGUGGUCCAAUACCACCUCAAUUAGGGGAUUGCUCCAAACUCCGAUAUCUGAAAUUGAGCGAAAAUGAUUUGAAUGGAAGCAUUCCAUUUCAAAUUGGUAACCUAGUAUACUUACAGGAUUUACUAGAUCUCAGUCAUAACUCGCUCAAUGGAGAGAUAUCACCACAACUUGGGAAAUUGCAUGUGCUGGAAAAGUUAAACGUCUCCCACAACAUGUUGUCGGGCUCCAUUCCACAUUCUUUUGAAGCAAUGAUCAGCUUGCAAUCUAUUGAUUUUUCAUACAAUGCUUUGGAAGGUCCUCUUCCCAACAACAAAAACUUUCAGAAGUUUCCUGCAACGGCAUUCAUAAAAAACAAAGGUUUAUGUGGUGAAAUGCAAGGUUUGAGACCCUGCAGCGCCCCUUCAAUAAGGCAUGGUGAUGCAAAGAAAGGCCGCCAAGUCCUCAUCUCCAUUGUUCUUCCACUCUUGGCAGCCUCAUUUCUUUUAUUUAUGGUCGUCGGCGUUUCUUCCAUUUAUUAUCAAAGACAAAGAAAUAAAGAGGAGGUUCUUGAAAGGAGCAGCAGAAAUCCAUUUUCAAUAUGGAAUUAUGAUGGGAUUGUUGCAUUUGAACAGAUUGUGGAAGCGAUAGAGGGUUUCGACGACAAAUACUGCAUCGGAACUGGAGGAUAUGGAAAAGUUUACAAAGCAAAUCUACCAUCAGGCCAAGUAGUAGCUGUGAAGAAACUUCACCCACUUGAAGGUGGGGAUCAAUCCGAUCAAAGAAGUUUUAAAAAUGAGAUUCGAACAUUAACAGAAAUUCGCCAUCGCAACAUUGUAAAGCUUUAUGGUUUUUGUUCCCAUGCUCAAUUUUCAUUCCUAGUCUAUGAGUACAUGGAAAGGGGAAGCUUGGCUAGCAUCCUAAGCAACGAUAGAGGAGCUGUAGAGUUGGACUGGACUUUAAGGGUGAAGGUUAUUAAAGGUGUGGCCCAUGCAUUAUCUUACAUGCACCAUGAUUGCAUCCAACCAAUUGUCCAUCGAGACCUAUCAAGCAACAAUGUUCUGCUGAAUUUGGAACUUGAGGCCUGUGUCUCUGAUUUCAGCACUGCAAGAUUGUUGAUACCAGAUUCGUCCAAUUGGACUACGCUCGCCGGCACUUACAGAUACAUUGCUCCAGGUUAG